AUGGCAAAGGUAAAACUUGCAUGGGUAGAAAAUAACAAGGCAAGAGCAAUGAUAUUUAAGAGAAAGAGCGAAGGGCUACUAAAACAGGUAAAAGAGUUAACCAUAUUGUGUGAUAUAUGGGCUUGUUUGAUCAUUUUCAGCCCUUACGAAGCUGAACCAGUGGUGUGGCCAUGUGUUAAGACGGUUCGUGGCCUCUUAAAAAAUUUCUUUGCAAAGCCGCUGCUCGAGCAGAAGAAGAAACAGACAUGUCUCAAAUCAUAUUUGAAGGAGAAGAUAAAGACGAUUCAUAAAAAUUUGAUGAAGAGUCAGCAGAAGAAUAAGGAAUAUGUCACUGAACAGUUGAUGAUACAACUACAUCAUGGUCGUAGAAUCAGUGAUCUGAACUUGAGUGAGAUCUAUCAAUUACUAGCUUUCUCAAAAGAUAAAAUCAUACUUGGUAGGCUAGAGCUAGAUUUCAUGGAGUUUGCCCCUCUUCGUGAUCCACCAGUUCUUCUAUUUGAGGUGCCAGACGAGCAAUUGAUGAUCAUCACCAACGAUGCGAUUGUAUAA